AACAUUAAAAAACAACAUAAAAAAUGAAGAGGAACUAAAAGUAGAAAAUAGACAACUGAAGGUCAAAUUUGAAGCUGCAGUUAAGCUUAAAGAAGAAUACAGACAAAAACACUCACUUUAUGACAGAAACCUUCCAACAGUGAGAACCAAAUUAGCAGAACAAAGAGAGGAGAUUAAAACCAUCCACACAUUUAUAGAGGAGAGGGACAAACAGAUGAAACAAGAGAUGGCGCUCCUAUUGUCAACAGUCAGGGACAGAUGUUCUAGUCAUGACAAUGAUAACAGGGCAUUGUUUGAGAAAAUUGAAAAUUUGGAGUCAGAAAAAUCAGAGUCAUCUGUAUUGAUGGUGGCUCUGAAGGAAAAACUGAAAUCAACGGAAGGGGAGGUAGUCAAAUUACAACGAGCUGUCAACGACAGCAUGCAACUACAACACAAAAUCACUCAGUUGGAAUGCUCACUGACUGCAAUGCAGACAGAACUAGAUGAGAAUUUGUCUAAAAACAGAAGCCUUCAAAUGGAGACCCAACAGUUUAAAGAACAACUGAGGAAUAAAACAAAGGAAGUUGAAGACUUGACAUCUCAGUUUCGACAGCGAGAUCAAAACAAUGAAUUGACCACUAAAAGACUACAAAAUGACCUGAGACAAAAGGAAGCUGAAUUACAAUCAAGAUUAAAGGAACUCAAAACUAUGGAAAAUAAAAUUCACGAACAGCAAGCAAAGGAGGAAGAAUUUCACCGAAAGGCAACACUGACAGUCACUGCAAGUAGAGAAAUCAAACAAGAUCUUGAGAAAGCAAAAGAAGAAAUAGAACAACUGAAAUCUGAGAGGGAGGUAAUGAUUACCUCACAUCAGAACAGAAUAGAACAGCUGAGGGAAAGUUUUCGACAAAAGAUUGCUGAGUCAGAGGGUUGGCCUGAAAAGUUACAAGAAGCUAUCCAGAAAGAGAAGGCUAAACAUAACAAGGCCCUGAAGCAGAUGGAAGAUCGCUUAAAAGAGAAUUUUGUCAUGGAAAUGAAAAUAGAAAAGCAGAAAUACCAAGAACUGUUAGAGAAGUAUCAGAGUUCCAAUAAGGAUCAUGAGUCAAUGCUAAGGAAACAGAUAAGUUCUCUGGAGAAUAAAUACCGAUCUGAAAUCAAGGAGCUUCAGCAGAUUCUGACAGACUCUAAACUCCGAGCCAAAGACACCGAGGACUCCCUGAGAAAGGAAGUGGGCAGUCUAAAGUUAAUCAUCAAGGAUCUGGAAGACAGACUUGCUCGACUAGAUUCUGGAAAUGAGGACAUGAUACAGAAACUGAAAGAACAACUAAAGGAAACUCACGAGGAACUAGAACAGUCUAAACAAGAGCUUCUGAACAAGGAGGAACAGGUUCAUGCUGCAAAACAAGAGGUUAUAUUUCUUCAAGACACAGUAAGGAAAGAAUGUGAAGAGAGAUUUGAAUUGACAGAGAAAUUAAGUGAAGUUAAAGAAGAGUUAUUACAGCUGAAGAAACCAUCAGGUGGCUACAGUUCAGUCAGCUCCUCUCGCCACUCAACAGCCAAAAGCAGUGCCUCUCUCUCCUCCAAUACCUCCUCUGCUCCCUCACAGCCAAAAGAGGUCGAACGCAAGUCCCCUCAGGAAAUCGAAAACAAACUUUUCCCGUCUCCCCCCAAAGGCCCAGUCCGGGAACUAACAGUGGGCAGUGGUAGUACAGUGUCCUACCAAGGGGAACAGGCUAAACCAGCGGGCAAAUUCAAAGGGAACUCACUGGAAACAACCAGGAGAAGAAUUUCUGCCAUGUUAGGGAGGAAGUCAUAAUCUCAGAAUAGCAUGUUUCUUUCAGGAACUAAAUUGGAAGACAUAGAUUUACUAGUGCAGUCCUCUCAGUGACUUCUGUAACAAAAUGACUGAUUUUUUAUGUAUCUUUGCAUGCUACUAUAUAUGAUUGUUAUGCUGCUAGUCAACAGCUAUAUCUGCCAUAUUUUGUUUUU